CCACAAAUCUACUCUUCAAUUGCAAUGGAGCUGAUCAAAGUUUUCUUCAUUGCCCUUCUCAUUCUUCAAGUUCUUUUUCCCUGCAAUGCAUCAAUCCAAGCCCCUAAGAAUUCAAACCUCUUCAGAGAAUAUAUAGGAGCUGAAUUUAACAAUGUCAAAUUCAGUGAUGUUCCUAUUAACUCAAACGUUGAAUUCCACUUCAUUCUCUCUUUUGCCAUAGACUAUGACACCUCGAGCUCUCCCUCACCCACCAAUGGAAAAUUCAACGUCUUCUGGGACUCAGAUAAUCUCAGCCCUUCACAAGUUUCUUCCAUCAAAAGUCAGCAUUCAAAUGUCAAAGUUGCAGUGAGCCUUGGAGGGGACAGUGUGGCUAAUGGCAACGCUUACUUCAACCCUUCCUCAGUGGACUCUUGGGUUUCCAAUGCCGUUUCUUCCCUCACAAGCAUCAUAAAACAAUACAACUUGGACGGAAUUGACAUUGACUAUGAACACUUUAAUGCUGAUCCUGAUACUUUUUCUGAAUGCAUUGGGCGCCUUAUAAAAACUCUCAAGAAUAAUGGGGUAAUCUCUUUUGCUUCUAUCGCUCCAUUCGACGACGACCAAGUUCAGAGCCAUUACAAGACCUUGUGGAAAAACUAUGGUGACCUCAUAGAUUAUGUGAACUUCCAAUUCUAUGCGUAUGAUGAGGGAACCACUGUAUCUCAGUUCAUGAAUUACUUCAAGACUCAGAGCUCAAAUUAUGAUGGUGGUAAGGUCCUAGUAAGCUUUAUUAGUGAUGGAAGUGGGGGUCUCUCGCCAAAUGAUGGGUUCUUUACAGCCUGCAGUAAACUGAAGAGUCAGAAUGAACUUCAUGGUAUCUUUGUUUGGUCUGCAGAUGACUCUAAAGCAAAUGGUUUCCCCUAUGAGAAGCGAUCACAAGCACUUUUGGCAAUUCCCCAUUAGAAUUAUUAUUUACACUAAACUUGUUCUGCUAUUAUAUACAAAUCAGGGGUGUGUCUUUAUGUACUGUUUGUAAUAUCUACUAUAUAAA